AAACAAACAAGGCUUCUUGUUCAAAGGUGGGCGUGUCAACAUGAUUGGCAGCAGACAAACACAUUUUCGUUACGGGUAUAUAGAGACCAAUUAGAUCGGAUGACGGAAGACGAGUUCGAAUGGAUCCCCUAUCCGUUGAUGAACCUUCCACCAUAUUGUCAUGAUGCGAAUGAUUUGUGGGCUGUGGAGGUUCCAUUGAUUUAUACACGUUUUUCUGAGGCACACUAUCCUAGGAGGUUUUGUCGUCAAUUCAACGCAUAUCAGGAUCGACCCGCUCCGGUGGUGGCAGGGCAUCGUCACCACAAUAGUGGAUCACGAUUCAUGGUCGAGCUUGUUGAAGAAUGGGCAUUACGGUGGAA